AUGGACGAUGUCUUGGGUGUUUCAAGAAGCCUUAGUUUGCACAUGGUUAACCAGAUUGUGCAGUACAAUAUCGCAAAGUGUAGCGAGGGGAAGUGUCUUAACCAACUCUUUCUGUCAAACUUAUUGCAAGAAUUGGAUUUUCAAGGGCAUUUACUAGGAAAUCAUAUUGCUCACAGAUUGACAAUCUCAUCAUCUUCAGUAUGGGAUGACAAAAGAGGAUUGGUUUUUUUAUGCAAAAAUGUCUGGCCAUUUUUAUUUCAAAAGCAAGCAGAUAAACUGCAAGCCAACGGCAAAGGUACGUAUAUAAUCAAAGACUCUAACAUACCAUGGAUAAGUAAUAUAACCGUCAAAUUUAUAAACUCAAACAAUGCAUCGGAUAUGAAAUUGAGAUCUAGAAUGUUAAUACAAUCCUACCAGGCUCUAAUAUCAGGGAUAUUAAGAGGAGUGCUAGAUUCGUUAGGCAUUUACAGCACAGUAGAUCCACAGCAAGAUGAUCCUGAUUCAUUGACAUGUACAUUUAAGGUAUCCAUAAAAAAGACUAGCGAAUAA